GGCGGUGGGCCAGGGUGACUUCAUGCUUAUAUAAGCAGGCAAUGGUAUGCCUGAUAUGAGCUCUUGAUUGGAUACUUCACCUCCGCAGGCUCGAUCGGCUUCCUUAGUCAAGUUCUCAACAAGCCAGCGAAUAGCAAAAAUCCACAGCGCGCCGUUCUGCUGCUCCACCUGCUCUGUAUUUGCGCUUCAGACGACGGGGCCAUGUUCAUCACUCUCCGAACAAGUUCUGGCGGCCAGAAUGGAACCGGCGGCAUGGAGCAAGUUGUGCGCCGGAGCGCAUCUCAGCCUGGCAAGGUCAGCCGUCGUGCGCGUCCGACUCGACGCCCGGCCUGUGCCGCCUGCCAGACCCAAAAGGUAAGUUGCGUCGAGAUGACACGCUUCGGCCAUCCGACUUACCGCACGUCCCCUAACGAAACCGCCCCCUCCUUUCAGCUCCGGUGCACCGGCAGUCCCAACAACUGUGACAGGUGUAAAGCCAGACUGAUCGAAUGCGUUCCCUCCACGAGUACCACGCAAAACAAGCAUCAGACACAGUCGCCGCCGUCAUGCAACUCGUCAAGUCUCGGCGACGCCUCCCCUCAGCCGGGCGACGCCUCGCCCAGUUCCACCUCCUUGACGAAUGGAAUGAGCCGGCCAGACACCGGCUUGUCCAGUCCCGUUGGUGUUGAUCAGCUGGACGGCAACUUGUUCGACUUGAACGUCUUCGGCCUCGACCUGGAUAUGGACGAGCUUGGCUGUGAUACCGAUGUUCAAUCAGCCUUAGGUUCAAUCAACAGUACAGGAUCCCAUGACACUGGUCCCCUUCCAGUGACCAAGUCACUCCAGGAUGCCAGCAAUGAGACAGAAGCCGCGGGGCAACCGAAUCGGGCCAGUUCACCGUCAUGCUCCUGCCUGAGCGACCUUGUUCGCGUCGUGCAGCAGCUCGACGACGAUGAGUUUCACAUCACGACGCUCUCACUGGAUCAGGUGUUGCAGCUGCAAAAGUGGCUCAUAUUCCAGUGCUGCAAACCUCUAGACUGCCCAAAGUGUCUUGACCCCUCAGUCAUCGACUCGGUACGCCUCAUCGUGUGCGACCGGCUGACCGAGAUGUUCGAGUGUAUUCAUCGACGCAUCAGGAGGGCAGGCGCCAUCUUGGCCGGCCAGAACACCGACUCCAACGGUACACACUUGGCGUCAUCCCUGUCGCCUGAGUCGCAGUCUGUACCAUCUCACCAUUCUCUGGACUCCGCACCGUCCUCGGCGGCUGGUCCCGGACCCGCAUCCGCCCAGCUCUUCUGCCAAACAUCCGGGCUCAAGGCCAGCGCGGCCUCUUGCAACCCCAUGAUGUUCUCCGACGACUUCUGCCGUCAGUAUUCGGACGAGGAGCAGGUCCACAUGAUCCGCGCGCUGCUGAAGCUGCAGAUCAGGAAUUUUCACAAACUGCUGUUACGAGUUGAGCGCACGAGCAGCGUGGUGGGCAGUCAAGCACGCCGGUCCAAGGUCAAGUCGAUGAUGAUGCGCCUCUCCAAGGCCUGGAUGGAUAUCGACGCUGCCUUGUGUGUUGUGCUCCAAGCGCUCUCGAUCGGGUGAUUGGGUAAGGAGAUGCUUCUCCAGCGUUGCAAGUUACUACAUACUAUCGCCCGCUUGAAUGAACACGUCCCAGUCAACAAUAUCAUUUGGUUUGAAUUUAACUCAACAUCCGGCACCCAAUCAUGUGCAACAGGACGACAGGAAGAGAUUCCAACUACACUUUCUCAUCUGGUUCUUUUCAUCCAUAGCUGGGACCAAUACGUCGUCUCAGAUGGAGACGGUUCAGCCCAAGCAGCUCCGAGAGCUGUACAUACACGAG